CUCGCCCGGACCGAAGCCCGAAAAUAGAGAGAUAGGGGGUUCGAUUUUGACUCGGAGACCCGAUCUUGAUCUCGAUCGAACGAUAUAGACAUAAAGACAACGCUAUGACCCCGAGCACACAGAGAACGGGUCCUAGGACGCUCAGGAAUGGCAGGAUAUGGUGAUUCGCAGAACCGAAUCACAGUAGCGGUAGGGAUGGGUUCUGACCUUCCUCUAGAAGCCGAAACCGAGGUCAAAGACGGCUUACAAACGCCGACGUAUCCAAGCUAUGCGACUCAGCACGGGUCUGGGCUGAGUACGGCUUCGUUCGGCCACAGGCUUGUCAUAGCAUGUCUCUCAGCCAUCAACGCCGUCUCAAUAGGACCUACCCAAGAAGCAGGAACUGCCUACUUCAGUGUAUCCGGUACUCAAUACCUUCUGUCAAACACAGGUCUCAUGCUCGGUAUCGCCUUCGCGCCUAUGGCCCUCAACCCGCUCAGCGAGCUUCUCGGCCGGGUCAAGACGUUCGGAAUCUCCAUGUCUCUCUAUACCCUACUCUUCAUUCCCCAAACUUUGACAAGGUCCUACGCGGGGUUCGUCAUCAGCCGACUCCUCAUCGGGGUCUUUGGGAGCGUGGCUAGCAGCAUGAUCGCGGGGACCUUGGUAGAUAUGUACGGCUCGAAGACUCGAGGACGAGCGAUGAACGCUUUCACCUUGAGCAUAUUCAUCGGACAAGGGGUGGGACCGGCAAUAGCCGCCCAUAUUGCCGAGAAGACGGAUUACCGAUGGGUCUGGGGGUAUCAAGGGAUAGCGUCAGCCGUCGGAUUGGCUUGGUACUUGAGCGUAGCUAAGGAAACAAGACCCAGCUUGCCACCGGUCGAGUUUGACGACGAAUCUCAUGCGAUCUCGAAACGAUGGCGACAUCUACUGGAUGCGAUCUCCGUUUCGAUCACCCGACCUUUCGUCUACCUUACCACCGAACCCAUCGUCAUAGCCCUCUCACUCUGGGUUGGAUUCGCUUGGGGCGUCAUCUUCCUGUUCGCCAGCAGCGUUUUUGUCGUGUUCGGUUCCUAUGGGUUUUCCGUCUCGGAAUGUUCCCUCUUCCUCAUUCCUGUGGCAAUCGGAGGUUGCCUUGCUUCUGUUGCGAGUCUACAUCAGGAUCAUAUAUACUCUCGAGCGAGUCAUCGUGCAAGUCCUGCCAAGGCGGCACCCGAGGCCCGACUACAUCAUCCGUGCGUAGGCGGAGUGAUGUUAGCAGCCGGACUCUGGUUCUACGCCUGGACCGCUCGACCAUCAAUACACUGGAUCGUCCCCGGCAUAGCCUUGGUGAUCGUCAACGCAGGCACUUUCUCAAUCUACCUCGGUGUCUACUCAUACCUCUCCGACGCUUACGAACAUUUUUCGAGCAGCGCCAACGCCUCGCAAUCGUUCGUCCGCAAUGUACUCGGCGCAGUCUUCCCUUUAUUCGCCCGCCGAUUGUACCAAGCGCUAGGUCCUCCCCAAGCUGGUUCGAUAGUAGCAGCGUUCGCCACAAUCUUGGCAGCUGUACCUUUCCUGCUAGUCCGUUACGGAGCUGUAUUGCGAGCUCGAAGUAGAGCGACGAGCGAGAUACAAGCUUUAUUAAAAUCAUGAUUUCGAUCGAUCGAACUCGCGAGAAAGUUUGUCAGGUUUCAUUCCGCAUGGACUUAAAGGCAAAGUCCGAAUAUCCGAGAUCUCACCCAUUAGGUCGACUGUCAUGAUCAUACACAGCCAUGCUUUCCUCUACGUCGACAAGCGGGCUCCCAGCGAGGUAAGCGUUGUUCGAUCAGCUGGGCUGUCCAGGCUGUACUCGCAGCUGACAAGUCGGGACGCCGAUCGGGGCAGAGCAGCGGAACGGUCAGCGGCUGACAUCGUCAUAAUCUCUCGAGCUGAAAUGACUUCAUACAAGCUACCUUGCACCAAUUUCAACCCGCAU